AUGUCAUCUAAUGUCCACUGGCCACAGCCCAGCCAGGAUCACUUCAUCUUGGGCGCCCAGCAUCUUCGCAUUUGGCUCCCCGCCUAUCAGCACUUCCGAAUCGUUGAGAGGUAUGCUCAGAUCCGGACCGGGGUCACACGGAUGUUGACAGCACUCCAUCGAUUGAAACCUUUGAUACAAGAUAAUGCGGAGAGACUUCUGCUUGCUUCACUAGAAAUCCCGGAGAUCUUCGAAGAGAUACCAGCUACAUACGGGCUGGAUGGAGAACUACAGAUUGAUGCAGAACCGAUACGCCAGGACGUGCACGAUCGAUCUGUUCCCGCCGAAUGCUUUUGCGAGCUCCUUUGGUUCACAGCCUCCAAACGAAUAGCGCCAACCUGCUGUUGCAAGACCCAAACGUUCUCGAAGAAAUGUUAUUAUGUGGCCAAAGCCACCGACUUUGGAGGAAGUUGUGCUUCGAAAUUGCAAGCGCACAGGCAGAAGCACCUGAAAAAAUUGAAAGCGUCAUCUUCCUUCGUAUGUGUGGUUGAAGAGCACGGCUUAAAGUGGGUGAUUCGGAACUCUGAAGAACGAUGCGCUCCCGUUAUUGGUGUCGGAUCUGGGCCUGAGUUCGUUGAGCUUGACAGGACGAGAUGCGAUGGCCCCUUUCCCGCAAAUGCGGAUCUGGCAAGCGAACCACACUUCACGGAUAUUGGGGCGAACGACGACAACUCGGCAAGCCAAGCAAGCCGUCAAUGUUCCAAGACCAACAUCGAUCUUCCGCCUGAUGGAACCCGCGAUGGGUAUUCCAUCCCAGAGCCGUAUACGACCAAAGAUGAAUCACAACCCGCACUGGACGAAGACGACAACAUUAUGGUCAAUCAAAAAGUACAGCAGCAGCCCGAUGCUUUCGAAUGCGCGGGCGAUGCGUCAAUGCCAGCAGUUUCCGCAGAUGCAGCAAGAGACCGUUGA